CAUUUUUUGCAUAUUGGAAGGGAAUUAGCAUGUGGCGUUCUAUUUGAUAAGUUUCUGGCGAGUGUUAAAAAGUUCUGGAAACAAUGAAGGAUCCUUCUUUUCUCAAUAGCCCGAGAAGGAUACUGAGUUUAUCAAAGGAGAGAGCCACUGUUUCCUUUACAGAUCCGGAUGACAAAGUCUCUGGAUUUCCUGUAUCUGAAGAACAUGGCACGAAGCCUUCAGAGGUAUAUGGCUUUGUGGGGUCUAUUUCGACCAUCAUGACUACAGUUAUAUACUUUGUAUGGGCCUACACUCCGGAACCUUGGCUGCGUUCUGUAGGGAUCACUUACUAUCCUAGCAGGUACUGGGCAUUGGCAUUGCCAUCUUAUGACAUGGUCAAUAUAGUAUUAGCAAUCACAUUUUACAUUGGUCUGAACUUCAUGGCUACAGCUCCUCCCACCUCGUUCAACACUAUUUAUGAUGAAUUCAGCAGAGAACAUUCUCUUUCUCAGGUUUCAAAGGAAGGAGAUGAGCAACCUAUUGAACCUAUAUCGGAUAUUGGGAUCCAUCAAGUUAACAGUCUCAUGUUUAAUUCUGCAAAUUGAUGAGGAGGAACUCUUUGACUUUAGUUGGAUUAAAAAGCCGAAUUACACGAGACAAAUGUCAAUCCUACACUGUUCUUGAAUUGUGUAGACAAAACUGUAAUUAUCUUCUUCUAGUUCUUCUGAUAACACAAAACCUUUGAAUUAUAGGCAGCAGGCAUGGAUGUACAUUAGAAUACUGAGAUGACAAUAUUUUUAUUUUAUGGAAUCAUGGA